CACACAACACAUAACUAUGACUCGUUAAAUCAAUUAAAUCCGGACGUGAAGUCAAUUAGUUAAAUCCACUUUCUCUCUCUCCCUCUCGCGUCCGAUCUCUCUCUCUCUCUCUCUUCUCUCUACUCCAACAAACAAACAACACAUCUCUCUCUCUCCUCACGAGUCAACUCUCUCUCUCUCGCCGUUUCUUCGCCGCGAAUCGACCUCCGAUGACUAUGACGACGGAGGAGAAACCAGCAUCUGACGGCCGAGGCUGGGGUAUCUUCAAAAUCCCGUUUCGAAACUCUCACGGAAACGCCUCUAGUGCCGCCACGUCACCGUUUCCGUCGGGAGCUUCUUCCUCUUCUUCUGCAUCUUCUCAUCUCCAUAAUCACCAUCACCACCACCACCAUCAUGGCUACAACGGACCUCACGGUGAUGGAUCGGGUCAAAACCAGCACCCGACUCCUUCGCCUUCAGUAUCGUCCGUCGCUAAGUCGCUUCUGCCUGUAAAACGGAGAUUGAAGCUUGAUCCGUCGGAGAAGCUCUAUUUCCCUUAUGAGCCUGGGAAGCAAGUGAGGAGCGCUAUUAAGAUUAAAAACACCAGCAAAUCACAUGUAGCGUUUAAGUUUCAAACAACUGAGCCGAAGAGUUGCUUCAUGCGUCCACCGGGUGCUAUUCUUGCUCCUGGAGAGACUAUUAUCGCCACUGUGUUCAAAUUUGUUGAGCCUCCUGAGAAUAACGAGAAGCCAGUGGACCAAAGGAGCAGGGUUAAGUUUAAAAUCAUGAGCCUGAAGGUUAAAGGUCCUAUGGACUAUGUACCUGAGCUGUUUGAUGAGCAGAAGGAAGAUGUGUCUAAGGAGCAAAUACUGCGUGUUAUCUUCCUGGAUCCAGAACGUCCCAACCCUGCAUUGGAGAAACUGAAGCGUCAGCUAGCUGAGGCGGAUGCAGCAGUGGAGGCAAGAAAGAAACCACCAGAGGAAACAGGUCCAAAGAUGAUUGGAGAAGGACUUGUGAUUGAUGAAUGGAAGGAGCGACGAGAGAGAUAUCUUGCACAGCAACAAGGCGAAGGAGUUGACUCUGUCUAAGAACUAAAAGGUCCUUCUCAAGAAGUAAAACGAGUGUGUGCUUGUGAAGAAAGAAGAAGAGACCAAGAUAUUGAAUUUUCUCUGCUAACUUCAACAUUCAUAAUGCAAUCUAAGGAUCAUGUU